AUUAGUUAAAAUUUAGCAUGAAAAGGAGAAGCAGAAAAAGUUGACUUUUGAAUGAUUCAGCCAAAGGCACCAAAACUGAUGAAUGCAAAGAGAAAGAGGCUGAAGCUAAGAAAAGUAAUAUUAAGAAUGAAGAGGAAUUGAAUGAAAGCAAGGCUUUGGAUCGAUCAAAAACUCUUGAGAUUAAGUAUGAGGAUGAUAAGAGUCGAGUCAAAAGAAGAAAGUUAGUUAAGAGUCAGAAACCAAAGAAAUCAAGAAGAGAAAAUUUAAAGCAAUGUAUUUUAAAACCACCUGAAGCAUCAACUCACUCGGUUCAGUGUCAAAUAUUCCAGCAGAGUGAUACCAAGUCUAGUAUAGUGAGUGAAAGGAAGAAAUCAGAUCGUGGAACUCCUAAAUUUUUAAAAUCUCCACAUUCUAUGUACUCCUCCUCCAGCCGCUACUUCCUCACCUCGACCCGCCAAAUCCCCCACCUCACCCGAAAACCCUCCACACACAGAUCCUCCCCUGCCUCCUCCCACUUCCCUUCCAUCCCACUAAUCUCCUUCCAAAGAGCCAAGGAUGAGAUCAUAUCCGAAAUCCAUAAAGCUUCCAGUCACACUUCAAAGAUAUUCAAUUUUAAUCAGCAGCUAAAAGAUCUUGAAAGCAAGUUCAGUGAUAUGUUCAACAAGGUUAUGAAAAGUCAUGAAGAGAUCAUGAGAGAGAUUAAAAAGCCUGAAGAAAAAAAGAUACCAAUUCAAAGCAUUCCUUUAUCUCAAAUGAUAGAGAAUACUGUUUAUCCUAACUCUACAAAUCAGAAUGCUGAGCCGAUGAGUUUGGUAAAUCUUCCACUUUUCAGUGGCUUUUCAUUGCAAUGGGAUCCGACAAAAGCUUUCACUAGUGACAGUAAUCCAACAACCAACAACCUGAAUUCACUAAGUCAGAACCAAUUUCAAGCAAUCCGUGACCAUACCCAAUCUCUUAAUCCUUCUGCAGGAAUAGUAGUAUGAGAUACCUCCUCUCACGAGAAUACUUCCAAAAAGCGAGAGAUAAAGCAAAUUUCCAAAAGACAUGAAGAGCUUGACAGUACCAGAGAGAGUGAUUGCUACACAAAAGAGUUUAAGAAAGAGUCUUCAAAGAGUGAUGUCAACAACUAUGAUAACUCAAGUGACGAUCUUUUAAAAGCUGCUCCUCACCAAGAUCUCAAAGAUAUUAAGAAAGGUAUUCAACAGCAACUCCAGAAUAUCAAGGAGCAAUCAGAAGAGAAGUCAAAGGAGCCUUCUGCCAAACCAGCUGCUAAGAAAUCUAAUAAAUCCAAACCGAAAAGGAAAUCAACUAGGAAGCAAAGAAGCACUAAAUCCCAGAAGCCCCGCAAGAAGAGAUCCAGAAGUUCCUUAGCCGCAGCUAAGAAGACUAAGAAAGCCAAGAAGAUAAAACAGAUUGAAGAUGAAGAAUCAGCCAUUGAAACUAUUUCUAAAAUGCUCAAGCUGAAAAACGCCAAGAAGGAAGAUAUCCCUAUUGUAUCUUCCCUUUCAAGAGGUUCCUAAUU